GUUUUGUUUCUCCAUUGUUCGACAUACUGCCCAGAUCCAUUGCACAAUUGUCCUAUUUCCCCCAAACGACCCUUUACCAAGCUCCAAGGCUCAUUGUACGCUUCCAGCAAAUCCUUGGCAUAGUUGCUCGCCAAGCAGGUUGGCCCCUAAUGAGUAGCAACAAGAGUUUACCGAUGAGAGACGUCGACGAGGACAGCCAGCAAGAGGUCAGCGACUACGAUGCGAGCGACGAUGGCUACGAGUAUGAGAGCAGCGACAGCGGCAUGCAUGUCGACCACCAUGGAGACGAGGCUGGACCAUCAACUUCAGGGGGGCCAGGCUGGACGGUGCUGAACCAAGAGGCAAUCGUUCGCUUGCAGGCUGAGGCAGUGCACGAAGUUGUAUCGAUCUUGGGCGUGAAACCAUCUGUGGCAAAGAUAGUGCUUAUGUUCUUCAGAUGGGACAAAGAACAACUGCUGACCAAGGUUGCAGAGCGUGAUCCGGAGACGGUCCUGAAGCAAGCGGGCGUGGCCGUUGACACCCUAGAUGCCGACACGCCAUCGUGUUCAUCCAUAACAUGCCAAGUUUGCUUUGCUGACGUGGGGCCUUCUGAGGCCACGACAAUGGACUGUGGGCAUACGUUUUGCAACGACUGCUGGCGGCAGCACAUCAAGGUCCAGAUUCGGGAGGGGCAGGCGCGGACCAUCAGAUGCAUGUCGCACAAGUGUGGUGUGGUGUGUGACGAGGAGAAGGUAUGUGCCUUGCUGAGAGGUGACCAAGGCGGCGGCGGGGGGCAGGCAGGGGCCAGCAGCAGCGCCGGCGGUGCGGGGCCUUCCAACGGCGCAGCACCCAGCGACGGCAGCAGCGGCAGCAGCAGCGCUGGCGGCAGCGGCAGCGGCGGCUGCAGGACAUGCGCCGAGGCGGCGGAGGCGCUCGACAAGUACACCAACAGCCUGGCGUUGUCGUAUGUGGAGGAUAACGCAAAGGUCAACUUCUGCCCCAGUGUUCCCUGGUGCGGCCAUGCGAUACAGGUGGACGGCGACCCCUUCGUGGAGCCCGAGUGUAAGUGCGGCAAGGUGUUUUGCUUCAAGUGCCUGAAGGACCCGCACACGCCCUGCACCUGCAAGAUGUGGGACGAGUGGGACGAGAAGAUCCACGGCGACAGCGAGACACGCAACUGGUUCAUGGCCAACACCAAGCCCUGCCCCAAGUGCCAGAAGCCGGUGGAGAAGAACGGCGGGUGCAACCUGGUGAUGUGCAAGUGCGGGCAGGCCUUCUGCUGGCUGUGCGGCGCCGCCACCGGCACCGCACACUCCUGGCAGAAGAUUGAGGGCCACAGCUGCGGCCGCUGGAAGGACGAGAUGGACCGCAAGAUCGACGAGGCCUCGCGCAACCACGCGCGUUACAUGCACUACUUUGAGCGCUACAAGCUGCACAUGGACAGCUACGGCAAGGAGGGGAUCAAGCGCGCCGACCUGCUGAACCGCAUCGGGAAUAUGGUGGAGACGGGCAUCGAGGCGCGCGACUACACCUGGCUGGUGCGGGCGCUGGACCAGCUCAAGGUGGCGCGGGGGGUGCUGUCCAACAGCUACGCAUUCGCGUACUUCUUCUUUGGAGGCGAGAUGUACAAGGAGGACUUCUCGGAGCAGGACAACCGGCGCAACCAGUACCUGUUCGAGGACUACCAGCAGCGCCUGGAGGAGGAGGUGGAGCGGCUGUCGGGGCUGGUGGAGGAGUGCAGCGAGUCGCUUACGAUCGACACGGAUGCGCGCGUGCGCGUCAUCAACUCCACUGUGUCCAUCGAGAGCCGCAUCGUCAAGUUUUUCGACAUGAUCGAGACCGACCUGUACGGCAAGCUGCAGAGCUGCUCCGCGCAGAUUGCGGUGUACCGCCCCAAACGGAACCUGGUGGCGUAAUGAUGAUGAUGGGCGGGCAUGAGGGUUGUGAGGAAGAGCGUGGCGGUUAUGGUAAGGUGUGUAGUGUGGCAAGACCGCAAGCGGGAAGUACUUGGAUGGAAAAGAGAAGAGGUGGAGGUUGUAUAAGGGAGACCGGUUCGUUUAACGGAGACGCUUCGUAUGGAAAAAUGCAACUUGCAUCACUGGGAGGUUACAUGCCAAAGAUGGUAGAGGUUUUGCGGUAAGGUAAAAGCCCAUGGGA